AUGGAGGAGGAAGAGCAUGAGAUCUACGGUGGAGAGAUCCCCGACGAAGUCGACUCGGUUGCCGACGUCGAAACCUCUAACACCGCCGCGGUACUCCUUCCUUGCCCUCCCUCGAGAUCACACAAGGAAUUGGGCGAGAUGAAGAAGCGGCUCAAGGCGAUGGACGAGGAGGCCGCUGCCCUGCGCGAGAUACAGGCAAAGGUCGAGAAGGAGAUGAGCGCCAUCCAAGAUCCUGCUAGCACAUCUGCAAGUGAAACAAGUAAAGCGGAGGUUGAUUCUCGAUCUGUAUUUGUUGGCAAUGUGGAUUAUGCUUGCACGUCGGAAGUAGUACGGAUGCAUUUCCAGUCAAGUGGGACAGUUAACAGGGUGACUAUUCUGACGGAUACAUUUGGCCAGCCGAAGGGUUUUGCCUACGUUGAAUUCCUGGAGCUCGAGGCUGUUCAAGAAGCUCUAAAAUUGAAUGAAUCUUUUUUACACGGCCGUCGAAUCAGAGUGACGGCUAAGCGAACUAAUAUCCCAGGAAAGAAGCAGUUCCGUCCACGGCGGUUCAAUCCAUACAUGGGACGACCCGUCAGGAGGGCGUUCAUGGCACCGCCACGUUUCUCCGCCCCUUACGGUUAUGGGAAGGCUCCCAGAUUCAAGAGCUCCAUGCGCUAUCGGCCUUUCUGAAACUAGACAGCCAUCUCAAGUCACAGUUACAGUAGUGGGCUUUAGAUUGCUAGGGAUGAAAACAAAUUCCAUCAUUUGGGAAAGCGUCGUCAUUCGGUCGUGACCUGAGGAGGAUUUCACAUUGUCUCAUUUUAAAAAUGGUUUGC